CUCAACAUUUCUAGAACCUUAAUACUAAUUUCCCCUCUCAUCUUCUUUCUACAUAUUCUCUGCUUCUCAAACAUCUUCUACUUUCAGAGUUGCAGACAUUUCGGAGAAGGAGUUAUGAUUGUGUUGUUGGCGGGAAAUAGCGGCGGCGAGGAAAAAGAAGCGGCGGCGAUUUAAUGGAAGAAACUACGAUCACCGUCGUCCGUUCUUGCGUUUUCAUCUUUGGAUUUUACUGCUGGGGCUGGGAAUUCCUCACCGCUCUCCUUCUCUUCAGCCGCUCUUUCUAAAUCCUUUAUUCUCCUAUAAAUUUUCUUUGAUAGAUCACGCCCAGUUCGUAUCGAGUCGGUCCAAUUAAAGAGUAAAGUACGACUAAAUUGAUUUAUCCAUAUAUAAAAGGGGUUCGAAAUUCUGACCUUUCUUAAAGAAUAAGAGUGUUCAGUCACUCAGUCCAAUCAAGCUGGUUUUAGAGUCGCCGGAGAAUAGAAUGUCGCAGAGGACAGUUCCGGCGCCGUUUCUGACGAAGACGUUCCAACUGGUGGACGACCGGACCACCGACGACGUGGUGUCGUGGAGCGACGGCGGCGACACCUUUGUGGUCUGGAAAACGGCGGAAUUUGGUAAAGAUUUGUUGCCGAAUUACUUCAAGCACAACAAUUUUUCCAGCUUUGUCCGGCAGCUCAACACCUAUGGCUUCCGAAAGAUUGUGCCAGACAAAUGGGAAUUCGCGAAUGAGAAUUUCAAGAGAGGUCAGAAAGAGCUUCUCACAGAAAUCCGACGGAGGAAAACUGUGGCGUCUGCACCUGUCACGGGAAAAUGCAACUCCUCAUCGCCCGAGAACUCUAGCGAAGAACCUAGCUCGAGUUCCACCUCGCUAUCAAACACGAAGAACCCCGGAUCAGGGGAGACACCUGCAGCAGGGAAGCCACAGUUGGCGGAUUUGACAGAUGAGAAUGAGAAGCUGAAGAGAGACAAUCAGGUGCUGAGCUCAGAGCUCGAGCAGGCCAAGAAGCAAUGCGACGAGCUCGUGGCUUUCCUGACUCAGUACGUGAAGGUUGCCCCCGAUGAGAUCAACCGCAUCAUGAGCCAAGGAACUCGGUCCAGCCACAGCGGGUUUGAUGGUUCAUCAGCUGAUUUAAACUCAAAUGACAGCCAGGACGAGGAAAAUGGUGAGAGUUUGAAGUUAUUCGGGGUGCUGCUGAAAGAGAGGAAGAGAAAGCGGAGCUUCAGUGGAAACGACAUUGAAUUUCCCGGUGCUCAUAGGAAAAACGCGCCGUGGAUGAAAAUCUCUUCAGCACCUGGAGAGACCAGCAAGGUGUGUAACUGAUGUAUGGAAUAAAGCUGUGUUUUGCAACGUUUGUAGUUGGAAACGUGAAUCUUUUCGCAAUGUUGUUUAAUGAUACAUAUAAAAGCCAGGUACAUAUACUAAAUUACAAUGUAAUUUAGGUCGCGGGCUAUGAGAUUAGAACCCAACACUAUCUGCCAUGCACUUUCAUAUCUGGUUUUUGUAAUAUUGACGAGUUGGUAACAGUAAUCCAAGUUGUAGAGAUGCUUAAUAACGAAA